AUGUUUACUAAAACAUCUUCAUCUUCCUAUUCGUCUACAGAAGAAAGUUACAGCUCUGAAGAAUCAGACAAUAUAGAAUUAUCUCAUGUAAAUAAUAUUCUAAUAGAAGAUCUUUGUUUUUUACUUACACGCAAUAAAUUCUUUACUGACCCUGACCAGCUAGUUUUCAUAGAUAAAAUAUUCAUUGUAUCUAAUGACGUAGUCUUGUACUACAUUCUUCUACUAGAUUAUUCUAAGAUGCGCUCUUUAAUAGAUAAAAAAGUUAAGAAACGUAUAAAUAAAUUUCUAAAAGAUAAUAAAGUAUCUAUAAAUAAUUUAGUACUAGUAUUUGCUGAUAAGUUAUGUAAUCUUAAUAUUAAAGAAAUAGUAAAUGCUUAUAAAACACUAAAAUUUACUAGUACAAAUUAUAUUUUUAUAAGUAAAUGUUACUAUCCUUCAAAAGAAGAGAAAGAAGAAUUUUUAGAGCUAUUUAGUGAUUAUAAGGAAUCACUAGAAAUACUACCAGUAAAAAUUGAAGAAAUAUUUCUUAAUAAAUUUUCUAAAAAAAAGAAUAUCAAUAUUGGGGGAGUGCCAUUCCAAAUGCAUCUCAUUAAUAAUGAAGAUAUAAAGAAAUAUAUAAAUAUUUUAGAGAAUGAAGAAGAAUAA